AUGCCAAACAAAGUUAUCUUUCUUGGAGAUGCAGGCGUAGGUAAAACUAAAGUUAUCCAAAGAUAUAUUUGCGGAAAGUUUGAUAACGUAACAAAACCAACUCUUGUUAUGGAUAAUGCAUCUAUUUCAGUACGCGUUGAUAACCAAAAUGUUCCCCUAGAAGUCUGGGAUACAGCUGGACAAGAAGCUUAUCGAUCUAUUGUUCUUACAUAUCUCAGAAAUGUAUCACUUGCAGUAUUAAUGUUCGAUGUUUCAAACAAUGUCACAUUUACGAACGUAGAUGAAUGGUAUAAAUUAAUUCGAGCACAUUCUACUCCGGAUUGCCCAAUAAUAUUAGUUGGAAAUAAAUAUGAUUUAUUCAAAGAUCAAAUUAACCUAGAGGAUGUAGAAGUAUGGAUUACAGAUCAUAAUGCAAAACUAGCAUAUACUUCGGCUCUUAGUGGUGAAGGUAUUAAUGAACUAUUUCAUGAAAUAGCAUCAACAAUUUUAGAUUCAACAAUUCAAGAAGCAGCAUCAUAUAACAUCAAAGUAACAGACAACAAAAAUAAAGGAAAUUCAGACUGCUCAUGCUAG